AUGACGGAGUAUUGUGUGACGGAGUAUAGCGGUGGCUGGGUUUUCGACAGGUCUGUUGCGAUCGCAGGCCAUAUAAGCGGGCCGGGUACCGAUAUGAACGUGCACAGGCAGGUGCCCAUGAUAAUGCAGAUGAAGCACAUGACCUUACGGCUGUGGGACACCCCAUUGUCGCUGCCCCACAAACUUAUGGGUGACAACUGGUCUGUGAUGGCCUCUGGAGAUGUCCUGCAGGCGGACACGGAAUGCCCGGUUACUGCGGCUCCAGGUUCUGUCGGUGGUGACAAGGGUGUAUCGUCACCCUCGACCAGCCUUGAUUUCGUCGCUGGUAGUACCAUCCUCAGUGUUGCGGCGUUGGUGAUGGAAGAGAGUGCGCUGUGCCACUUCAAGUAUGGCUUCUGCUUGCUUGCUGCGCUGACGACAGUGCUCGGCACCGCCAGGCACGGCCCGGCAGCAGUGAAGCAGCCCUCUCCCUGCUGGCGGCAACGCCACAAUUCGCCACAAAGGAAUGAUCCAAGUCCUACCGAAAAGUGUCAGUCUGCUGUGUCCAUGCAUGCUCGGUGCACGACAUCCUGA